AUGCAGCAGACCAUCGACGUGCUCAAGAAGAUUGACGACGCCGAGUGCGCCGAGGGCGACCCGCGGAUUCUAGAGCCGAAGAAAGUGCAGGCCGUCGCGGAGGACGAGAAGAAGCCGACAUUCCAGCAUCAGGUCUCUAGCGCCUGUAACUCGGUGCGAGCUUUGGAGCCGAAGCUUCUCAAAUCAGUGUCUUACCACCAGCGAUUGCAGGUGCAGCUCGCAGCCCAGUUCGAAUGGGCCAAGAAGCAUCUACAGUCGGACAUUCGCGCUGCGGUGGCCACGCUCUUCGGGGAAGCCUUCGAGAAGGUCAAGGCAUUCAAGGGCGAGCGCAGCCAACUUUUCCAGCGUCUACAGAAGAAGCUUUGCAAGGCUGGAGAAGAUGGAGCCGCGGCAGCUGCCCCCGACGGCGGCGGCGGGCCUGAAGCUCCAGGCCGAGAGACGGCCCAUGCCCCAGCGGCUUCCAGUGGCGCCGCGGCCAGCGGAGAUCCCGCGGCGACCGCAG